AUGCACAUCCUUCUGGAGGGUGUCAUACCAUAUGUUGUCAAAUGUAUGCUUCAGUAUUAUAUUGCUAAGGGUUCAAUAACUGUUGAUGUUAUAAACUCACGGUUAAUGGAGUUCCGAUAUGGAUAUUCACAGGUCAAAGACAAACCAGAACCAAUUAAUUCUGAAUCUUUGACUGAUAAACCAGGAAAGCACAUUGCAAAAGAUGCUGCAAAGAUGUGGAUGCUUUUUCGAGUUCUGCCUUUUAUUCUCCAUGACAUCAUUGAUGAAAGUCACAAGCCCUUUGAAGUAUUUCAGCUACUUAUGAAGAUAUCCAGUCUACUGCUGGCUCCAGUAUUAAGCUGUGAAUCUGUCUCAUUACUACAGAGAAUGACUGCUAAAUUUCUGACAAAUUUUAAGAAUGUUUUCCAUAAGCAGAUAACUCCAAAAAUGCAUUACUUGGUCCACUGUCCAAGACUUAUACUACUAUGUGGACCUUUAGUUAGGCUUUGGAACAUGCGAUUUGAGGCAAAGCACAAGGAUUUUAAAAGAAUUGCAAAAAAUGCAAGUUUUAAAAACAUAUCCCUUUCACUUGCAAAGAGUGAACAACGAUCAAUGAUGGCAAAGUUUGCUGACCCAGAUAGCCAUGGCCUAUUCAAUAACCUAGCAAAAGGGCCCUUGACACCCCUCACAGGGGAAAAGUAUAAUUUUGCCAAACAACAGUUUUGCCUGAUUUAUCAAGUUUCUGAUGAAUUGAUUGUUAACAUUUGCGACUGUAAAUGGAUAACUCUUUAUGGCACAAAGUACAUCCCUAAUGAGUGUAGUUUAUUGUUACGAGCAGAAAAUGAGAAGCCUGUCUUUGGUGAUCUUCUUGGUCUUUGGAUAGUAAAUGGUACCGAUGUAAUUUUUAGAGUUGCUGAACUUGAAACAGUUACCUUCAGUGAUACUCUUAAUUCAUAUUAA